UUGUGACUUAUUGUCUUUGUAUUUGUUGACAAUUUAAAAUUAUUUUUUAUUUAUUGUAUUUUUAUUAUUAUUAUUAAGAAAUAGUAAAUAAUGACUUCAUUCCCCGAAGCUGAUAGAUGUCCGAAGGUAUGUACGGAUAUUGGAGCUUUCAAAAAAGCUGCAAAGAGCCCGGAGCAAGUAAAAGAAGAGAUAAAAGCUGCCGAGGAAGCUAAAACACAAAAAGCCUCCGAGGAAAAAGCUUUAAAACCUCCCGAGGAAGAAUCAGAGCCGUUGAAACCUGAACAAUCUGGUGAGGAAUAUCUGCCAAACUUAAAGCCCGGUCCCGAUGGUAACGUAGACUGGACGCCGCUAGGAGACAUGACUGGAACAAGACCUGGGGUCAACAAGUACAGCAUCAGUAGAUAUUCACUUAGUGAAUGGAGAAAUCACAACCAAAAGGUCCUCGAUCCCGAGAUCAUCGUCGAGUCGAAUAUUGUGGAAUACAACGCGAAAACAUCCAUGAUGCAAGCGUUUGGGAAUAUUGAUAAACAACAGAGCGAAAACUUCAAGAGACUGCGGCAGAAAGCGAGGGACAUAUUCAGGUGGAAAGUUGAAGUUGAGAAAGCAUGCAAAGCGAUCACAGACGAAGUGGAACUCCUAGAAAUAGAGAGACAGAGACUGAAAGGCGCUUCAAAGGUUCUCAUGUUACCCGAGUCUAUUUCCAAAGAAUGUUUAGAUUUACGCUCCAACAGAUUCCAACCUGAUUUAGUCGCUGACUUGGCUGAAAAGGAACUGAUCAAAGAGAUGAAUUUAGUGAGUGAAGUGAGAGCGACUUUAAAAAACACCCUCGACGAAAUAGAGAAGCAGAUGGCCGUUAACAAGGCAGCAAAACAUCGGAUAGAAUAUGACUGGUGUGACAAAACUAUGGCGUAUAAUACCGAGGCCACGAACUUAGGGCUCGAUACUAAAUCGAAUACUAUCAUGUUCAGGCCUGGUGCGACCAGGUUUGGCGAAUACACAGCUCCUUUGGAAUAUUGGGAGUACUUUUGCAGGGAAAACGUUCAAAACUGUGAAGCCGCCAGACAGAAAUCGGCUGAUUUACGAGGAAGCCUAAACGCAAUUUUGGUGAACGGCGGAAGAAAACUUCGCAAUCAAGCGGACAGGACUGAUAUGGCUCUAGCUGAAACUGUAGCCAUAACCCAGGAGCUGUGCACCAAACUAGAAGAGACGUUAAGAAAUACGCUUCAAAGAAUAGCUGAUAUGGAAUCUCUGAUUGAAAAUUUAAAAGAUUCCAUAAAAAAAAUGGACGCUGCGAUGAAACUAGCUCAAACCAGAUUAGACAAUAGGAACAACUGGAGACCUCACGGGGAAAGUGUGAGGGACCAGCCGCAUUUGGGUCUCAUCGAGGAGGUGAAAAAGAUUCACGAGACUGUGACGUCCUUGCUUGGACAACUAAAUAACGCAGAAAGAGUUCGAUCUGAUCUCCUAAAGAAGAGAAUAGUUCUAGAGAAGGAUAUUGCAUCUAAGCGGAAGACCUUGAACAUAGAUCGUGAUAGAUGUGGUAUGGUGAGAUCUCAUUAUCCGUCGGCAUCAGAAUUAGCUGGUUAUUGAGACCGAACCUUUUAAUUCAGUCCCUCCUGGUUAUUUCUAUCCUUUUUUUAUUUCUUUAAUAAUUGUCAUAUUUUUUUCUUACUGAAUCAUAUACCCUAUAUUAUUACAGAUAGUAAAGUCUUAUUUGUGAUUAUUUAAACCAUUGCUAUAAAUUUUGAUGAUGUCGCUGAGUUUUCUAACUUAUUGCUAUGUAACUUAUCCGAGUGAAAUCUGUACGUCUGUAAGUUGAAAACUUUUCACUAUUUAUUGUCUCGUUAACUUGCGUAAGUUUAAAUUGAAGAGACGAUGGUAUUAUGAAGAAUUUCAUGCCAUAAUGACACCUUACAUGGCUGUAAUGAUAUAGUUACAUUUUAGUUUGUUGCGCAACAACCACGGAUUUAAAACAAGAAGUCGGUUCUUAUGUUAUGCAGAUCGAAAGUUACGUGCAAGAUCAUUGUAAUGAUAAUUUUGUUUUUUCGCCAAAAGUAUCGUACCUCGUUGAACUUUGCCUGUAAA